AUGGCUAGCCAAGUCGUACAACUAGCCACUCAUACGACUAGCUACUCGUACGUCCUACCACUCACAUCGCCAGCAUAUCACAUGGCAAGCCAAUCGUACGACUUGCCACUCAUACGACCAGUAAGUAACUCUUACGUCCAACCACUCACAACGCCAGCAUAUCACAUGGCAAGCCAAUCGUACGACUUGCCACUCAUACGACCAGAAAGUAACUCUUACGUCCAACCACUCACAUCGCCAGCAUAUCACAUGGCAAGCCAAUCGUACGACUUGCCACUCAUACGACCAGUAAGUAACUCUUACGUCCUACCACUCACAUCGCCAAUCACUUGGCUAGCCUGUCGUACAACUAGCCACUCAUACGGCAGUAGCUACUCGUACGUCCUACCACUCACAACGCCAGCAUAUCACAUGGCAAGCCAAUCGUACGACUUGCCACUCAUACGACCAGUAAGUAACUCUUACGUCCAACCACUCACAACGCCAGCAUAUCACAUGGCAAGCCAAUCGUACAACUAG